CACACCCCCAAACCCAGAGCCAGUGGCUGCUUGCCUUUCUGGUGCCUGUCUCUCCCCCGCUCCCCCUCACCUGCCCCUCCUCUCCGCCAGCCACCUUUCAGCACCAGGGAGCGCGGACAGCUCCUCCGGCCCAGGCUCCGCGCGAGGGGCCCACGCCCACCAGCCCCGCCCGGCGCUGGCUCCAGCUCCCUCCUUCUCUCCUCGGUCCUCUUGCCUCCUGCAUCCCUUCCCUGGCUCCGGAACCCUCCUCCUCUCGCAAACAGCAGCCCUUCUGGGAAGCGGAGGGAAGGAAGGGAGGAAGGAAGGAAGGAAUUAAAGAAGGAAAGAGGAGAAGAAAAAGAAGAAGAAGACAAGGGGUCCACAAUGAAUGCAGCACGGAGGUCAGCGCGGGUGGAUUCAGAGGUGACAGACUCCGAAAUGGAGCCAUCCCUCAAUGCCACCGAAAUGCCCACCAAGGAGAAUGUUUUUUCUGACAUGAAAGACAAAUUCAUGAACAAACUGGGAAAACUGCCAAUACCACCCUGGGCUUUGGCCACGAUCCUCAUCGUUGCUGGCGUCCUGUUCCUCUGCUGCUGCUUCUGCGCCUGUAAAAAAUGCUGUGGCAAGAAGAAGAAAGGAAAGAAAGGGAAAGACAAAGUGAAGGCUCAGAUCAAUAUGAAGGAGGUGAAGGAGCUGGGCAAAAGCUACAUUGAUAAGGUUCAGCCUGAAGUAGAAGAUUUGGACCCAUCACUGUUGCAGGAUUCCAAAGAGGAGAAGCCCCAGGAGAAGCUGGGGAAACUCCAGUACUCACUUGACUAUGACUUCCAAAGCACACAGCUGGUAGUAGGCAUUAUACAAGCUGCUGACCUCCCAGCGCUGGACAUUGGAGGCACCUCUGACCCUUAUGUCAAAGUCUUCCUGCUCCCAGAGAAAAAGAAAAAGUUUGAGACCAAAGUCCAUCGCAAAACCCUCAACCCCACGUUCAAUGAGUCCUUCACAUUUAAGGUUCCCUACUCAGAGCUGGGUGGCAAGACCCUUGUCAUGGCCGUGUAUGAUUUUGAUCGCUUCUCCAAGCACGAUGCCAUCGGUGAGAUCCGUAUUCCCAUGAACACAGUAGAUCUGGCACAUGUGAUUGAGGAGUGGCGGGACCUACAGUCAGCUGAGAAGGAAGAGCAUGAAAAGCUGGGAGAUGUCUGCUUUUCACUCCGGUAUGUCCCUACAGCUGGGAAGCUAACCGUGAUUGUGUUGGAAGCCAAAAACCUCAAAAAGAUGGAUGUGGGAGGCCUUUCAGAUCCCUAUGUUAAAAUCCAUCUCAUGCAAGGAGGGAAACGUAUCAAGAAGAAGAAAACAACCAUCAAGAAGAAUACACUCAAUCCUUAUUACAAUGAGUCCUUCAGCUUUGAGGUGCCUUUCGAACAGAUCCAGAAAGUCCAAGUUGUUUUGACCGUCCUGGAUUACGACAAGCUGGGCAAGAACGAAGCCAUCGGAAAGGUCUUUGUGGGCUGUAAUGCUACAGGCGCAGAGCUUCGCCACUGGUCCGAUAUGUUGGCCAACCCUCGGCGACCCAUUGCCCAGUGGCACACCCUGCAGCCCGAAGAAGAGGUGGAUGCAGCGGUUGGCAUAAAGACCUCUUGAUGCCCCUUUCCUGUCGGCCGAAUUGUCUGGCAACAGUUCUGUCUCCUGUCCAGAGCGCAUGGGAGUGUGUGGGUGAGGCGCCCCUGAAAAUGUGUGUGUGGAGAGGGGAGCCUGUGAGCCUGUCUCUUCUCUCAGAGCCAUUACCUGUUGAAAAAAAAAUCUUCCAAGAUUUAAAAAAAAAUCCUGUUUUUUAUCCACUGUGUGAAAAAGGAAGGAAGCUUACAUAGUAGUUGGAGACAGGUGAGAGGUUUACUACAGGUUUAGUGUGAAGCUGACAAUGCAAAUUUUGCAGGUUUAGGUAUUUUGGUUUCAGACAUGAGUCAUUCUCCUUACUGUUUGACCAAAAAGAAACCCUUUAAAUUAUUGGAUAAUGUGUUACCAUUGCCACAGGCCUCAAAUAAACCUACUGUUUAUUCCUUUUAACCUUUGCUUAUACAUUACUGUAGAUUUGCGACAGGUGUCUUUAAAUGAAACCAUUUCGUACACAUUUAGGAUAAUGUUCUGCGGUGCCAUGUUUGAAAACUAGACCUCCUGUGGAAAUCUGUUGUAAACAAUGUCAGCAGAUGUAGCUACAACCGGUUUACUAAAAAAUUGCAAUGUUUCCUUUAAUUACAUUAACUAUAUAACCUUGGGCAUUGUGUUAUGAUAUUGCUCUCGAAAGUACGGUGCAAAGUUAAAAACCAUACCGGAAAUGUUUUAAAACGUGUUUAGAAUAAAUGUUUUAAAACGUAGUUAGGAAACGAAGAUUUUCUGCAACUUGAAAAUGGCUUUUCUUUCUGACCAAGAUGCAAUUUAUAUCCACUUACGUGGUUUGGUAUUUCAUUCAAAGUAGACAUAUAUAGAAUUAUAUCAUACAAUAACUUUACAGCUUUGGUCUUUGUGUUGCAAAACACUUAAAAUUUGGGUUUUGUUAGCAAAACCAAAACACUGUUGACUUAGGGUAAGACUUCAAAAUAUAUUGGGCACGAGCUUAAUAUACAGGACUCUAGAAAGUGUGUGGUAGUAUAUCCAAAUUAUUUUACAUUGCAAAAUGUUCACAUACCUAUCUGGCAUAUAAAAACUAGCCAUCAUUUGCAGAACUACUGUGGAUGUGUUUAGCUGCUCAACUAAAUCUUAGUACACAUUUGGAACUGAGUUUCUCCUGCAAGAUCGCCACAAUUUUUUUCACUUUUGAUCUUAAAGCGUAGAAGAGCGUUAAACGUCCAUCAGCCAAUGUCUUAAACUGUUCGUAUCUAGCUUAUCCUACUUUCUAGUGAUCUAAGUUAGACUUUUAUAAAAGUUUGAACAUAGCCAUUGACCAGUUUUACAACAUUCGCUUUACAAUGUAUUUAUUAAAUGGUUGAUAUGGAUAUUAUAGAAAAUUUGCUAUAAGCUUUAUGUAGACCAGUUAACUACCGAUUUCCUAGUGUUUUACUACCCAACUUGUAAUAAUUUUGCUAUGUUAAAAAACAAGUUUACAUUUUUGCUACAAGCUUAAGACUGGUUUAUUAUUACAACUGCAACGAGUUUGAUGUUUGUUAGCAAGCAGUUUGACACAUUUUAUAAAUGACAGAGCAUUUAUCCAGAUGUUUAUUCUAGGAUUUACAGCUGGUUUACAACUGUUUUACACAGGCUGAAAAAUGUUUACAAUCCAUUAACCUUUGCUGUGGAAACCUUACAAGACAAACUGGUUUUACAACACAUAUUUUGUAACUCUAUAAGUAAUUCUCUACAUGACUCACUAAUAUGCCGAAUGUUUAUUUAGUAAGUAAAUUUACAACAGGAACAAUGUCGUUUUAAAGGAUUUCCAACCAUUUAACUUCAGCAGAGCUGAAAUUAAGGUGGACGCAUUUAUAUGAAAACUUUAAAUAUUUGAAUUCCAAUUCCAAUUGUAGUCAGAUCUCAAAAAUUAAAUGCAAAACAUGAAUUCUGGAUACUUUCUGAGAAGUUUUUGUGUCAGACCAAAUAGCUAUGCAGACUGAGGGAUUCUCAGAGUUGUAUCCCAAAAGUAAAUUUAGGCUGCAUCCACACUGGAGAAAUGACCCAGUUGGCACCAGUGUGACUGCCC